CAACAUAAUGAUUUUGAAGAAGAUAUUUAUGGUCGGCUGCGUGACAAAAAAACUGGCAAAAUAUUGAAUGAAAAUAGCGUUAAAAACAAACUGGUUGAAUUAGAAAAAUUUGCUGUUGAUAGUGAAGAAAGGACAAAAUUAGAAAGAAAUUUGCGGGGCAUAAUAAAUCGUCUAAAUGAACAAACGCUAUUAGUUGCCUUGAGGAAUAUUUCUGAAGCCUUCGCAGUCAAUGGACAUAAUGAUGUCAAGCAAAUUCUUUUCGAAAUGAUUUAUAAAAGUAUUGUGGUGGCAUAUCGUCUUCCAGAUCGUAUCAUCAUUGAAUAUGCUGUAUUACUUGCUUUAAUACAUACCAAAGUUUCUGCUGAUAUCACUUCUCACUUUAUUGAAAAAUUCAUACUUGAAUAUUUGAAUGUAGUCGAUUCGCCGCCAGAAGGCAAAUGCAUGGAAAAUUUAUCAAUAUUACUGGCUCAUUUAUAUAAUUUCAGGAAUGAAUUGGCAAUGAGCGUUAGUGACAUAAUUAAUGCUGCGGAACAUGGGCGUUGGUGGCUGGUUGGAUCUGCUUGGGUGCCUUCAGGCGAUUCUACUGUCGCUGCAGUUGAAGACAGUGGUUUAAAUUUCGCUGAGCCCAUAAUAGAUUUGGCAAAACGCUCGAGAAUGAGUACGUCCACAAGGAAGAAAAUAUUUUGCACUUUAGUUUCAUCCAGGGAUGAAGUGGAUGCGUUUGAAAAAUUGAUGCGAUUAUCGCUAAAAGGACACCAGGAACGAGAAAUUAUUUACAUCAAUAUACAUUGUGUUCUUCUAGAGCCUUCUUACAAUCCAUUUUAUGCUGCAGUGAUCGAACAGUUUUGUUGUUUUCAUAAAAGAUUCAAGCUUACUCUUCAAUAUGCUAUUUGGGACCGGAUAAAAGAAUUAUCGAGCAUGGAAAUGUGGCAACGCACUAACUUGGCAUUGCUUAUUGGUGAAUGUAUCAUGAAACGAUCUGUCGGAAUUACAGUGUUGAAGGUUGGUUGUAAAUAUUUAACAGAAAUUCGACACAUAUUGGCGAAUAGUUCUGAAGAUUCGGUGGCUGAUCUAUUUAAAAUAAUAGUAAAAUCAUCUGAUCAACGAUUGUUUAUUCAAGGGUUGCAAAUAUUCAUCCAAAUGAUGCUACAAACGAAUGAGUCUGAUGAUGGAUCCAAAUUUUAUUCUAAACUUAAAUUUCUUAGUUCUAUAUUGGAUGAUGAUUCAAACUAUUGA